UUUGAGUUUCCUGGGUCUCCAGCCUGGGCUGGACCUCUGGAGAAAAAUGACAAGUUAAAUAUUGUUGAUAAACUCUUCGAAAACCAGAUUAAGGGCCCUGAGUCAUUUGCUAUUAAAGACGGAUAUCUUUACACAGGAAUUGUUUCAUUCAUGAUAUCUUUGAUUUCAAGUUCUGUGACAAAACUAUUUAACAAUUAA